UGUUAAAGAGUAGUCGUUUAGACUAGAAAAGCGCUAUAUAAAAAUAGUCCAUUUAACUGUAUUUCAGUGUUGUCAUACAAUGCUAUAUUUCUGCCAUCCAAGGAAAAAGCCAAGGGGGAAGCAGACUCUGCUACAGGCAGUACUUUCAGGUCCGAUGAGUGGAAAGAAAUGCUGAAGGAAGUCCACUGCUAAAAAGAAGCAGAACUGGAGAGACACAGAAUCGUGCUUCAGCUACAGAGAGUGAGAUGCAGGAAACUGCAGGACAUUCUGCAGACCUCAGAAGAUAUUCCAGAUGCAAGUGGACAUCCUUCCACCUCCAUAUCAUGGUGCAUGUGCCAAUCUGCAGGCCAAGAUGAGUGGCGGAAAGCGAGGUCUCAUCAUCUGAGCUGCUUGCUGUCCUGCAACGUGGUUCCAGAAAAGAACUGCAGCCACUGCACAUCUCCUGCCAUCAUUCGAUGCAGAGACUGCAUGCCAGAGGAGUGGCUGUGUACGGAGUGUGACACACACAUCCACAAAAAACACACACUCCAUAACAGGGAGUCCUGCAUUGGGGGAAUUUACAAGCCCAUAGAGCCAACAGUGUGCUGCGUAAAGCAAGAUGGCGGAUAUACACUGGUCAAUCAAGUAUGUCUUUUGCCUACAGUGAGGACUGUCCAGUUGUGCACGUGUGAUCCUGCAACCAUAACAGAAUCGGCUGGUAGAGCAAUAAUUAUGGUUUGCAUAAAUGGUCGGUAUGAUUUGCACUUGCCAAACUUGUCUUGCAAAUUAUGUCUGGCACAGUGGACACCUGACAUGAGCGACCUCAUACGCAGUGGGUACUGGCCAGCAUCUGUGAAUGCUGACACAUUGUUUUCAGUGGAUGUCUUUACUUCAUUUGAAGAGUUGAAAACUGUGGCUCCCAGUUUUUCGCGUCAGGUUUUUUUGGAGAAGAGGACCUGUCAAUUUGGAAGGACUGCCGGCAGAGGAAUCUGUGGAGCCAGUCGGUGGUCUGCUGCAUGUGAGACAGCCAGAAGAGCUAGUAAACUGGAUGAAGAGGGCAUUGAGGUGGUUGUUUGCCGACACAGAGUGCUAUUGAAGGCCCUCAACAUGUAUAGGGGGGAAAUAUUUGCUUAUCCGCUGUUCCUGCAAAAGGAGCUUCAGACAGCCACAAAUGGACAGUUCUUUUGCACGGAUAUUGCUUGCAAGUAUUGGCCCUACCUUGAAAAGUUGUCGGUCUCCAUGUCAGAGCUCAGACCUUUACUACAGAUGAGGCCAUUCCUUUCUGUCAUGCAUGCCAAGGCCCAUUCAACAAAGAGUAAGAUAAUCUGGAGUGGCAAAAAUCAAGAGGGUGCUGGUACAACUGCAGGGGAGGAGGUCGAAAUGGUAAACAGCUACCUCUGUCGUUGUGCCCUCACAACCAAGUACAUGACAAAAUCUGCCAGGAAUGACAUGUUAACAGUCCAUGCUAUUGGAUGGAACCGACGGAAGCAGGAUGGCCUUCAUCUUGCAUUAUCCAGCAGAUACGUCAAGACUUGUGAAAAGGCGGAGGCUGAGUCUCAGAGACUGGAAGAUUUGAGCAGUCAACUUGGUUGCCCUGAGAACAUGGUGCAUCAGUGGGUUCAUGAUGUCAGAGAAUGGGCUUCUGAUGAUUCUGCAGGUACCAGAUGUGAUGACCAACAACCUCUUCAGGAAUCAAUUGAAGAAAUGUUUCUUGCAGUUCAUCACAGAAAAGCCAGCCUUUAUAAUCAGACUGACAACAAAAUUCGACAGUUGCAAGGAAGGAAAUUGGGGGAAGAUAAGAAAAAACUGUUUGAAAAAAAAUCAAGCUGUACAAUGAGCAGGUUGCAGAUGAGGAGCGCAUCCUUGAGGAUAAGGUGGAAAGCAGACUCUCUGUGGUGGAAGGAGACAGUGGGGCAGACUGUCUAAUAUGGCCGUGGGAAAUGCACAGCAGAGGCCUCGUGCCGUCAUUCAGUUGCUUCUCUCAGUCCGCGCCAGACUAGCUGAGAGGAGACAAAUCCACCGUUCUGCCUUCAUUAAAAGAGAAACCAGCAGCUGGUCGUGGUCCGGGUCCUUUCUUCACUCAUUCAGUACAGCAUAGAACACAACGCAGAACAACGCAGGUUAAUGGACGUGCAUCCAGCCUGAUUUAAAACUGUUAAAGACGAUGCACGCCCGUUACAUUUACAUGUCAAAAGUGCGGCUUCAAGAGGAAAAGAUCAUUUUGAUGAGGGAGAUGAGACAGCACUGCACCUACCUCAGCAAGCUGGCCUGGAGUCUCCGCAAAAUGAUGUCAGAAAUGUCUUCUGGCCAGAACAGUGGCAGUUAAGUGAAGAGGGGCAUCGUGGGCUGCUGUGUCUUCAUCAGAAAAGGCUUGCUGAUGUGGAGGAGAAGUUCCAAGUCGUUAGCUCAAGGUACAGCCAGGCUUUAGGACUGAAUGCUGCUUCUCUGCUUGAGGAUGGACCCGAGGACAUACCGGAGGACGACAAAGAACAUGUAUAUGAGAGUUCAGAUGAGAGUGAUUUUGAGGCAGUGUAAACCAGAGUUUUUCGAAACACUAGCUUUAUAGAUGGAAAGGUAUUGCAUCGGAUUUAUGUAUGUCAAGCGCGAUAUAAUUUUCCCUGCAAGAGCAUGUAUGCCCUCCAGCUCUCUCAGAGCAGACACUUCCUCACACGUGGUGGCUGCUCUGUGCGAGUGCUGUUUAGUUUCGUACACGAAGAUGCCAUUAUGUAACUCUUCCUAUUUUUUUUUUGUGUCACGCUCCCAGCUGCCUGCACGACUCUCGGUUGUAGAAUUGUUAUACAAAGACUAAAAUCUGUGCGCAAGAUAUAAUAUAAUUUGCUUGUGAGCAUGUUUUAUCGUGCUCGCGACAUAUGACAUAAAUCUGACCGCAUAUUCAGGAAAAUAUGAAAACAACACAUACACAAAUCCAAAGCCAAUACAACAACAACUAUGUGCUGCAAAUGAAAAAAUAUGUUGCUAAAUGCCUAAACUAAUACGCAACUGCAAACUGCUCCAAACACAUAUAAACUAAAAAACAAUCACUGAAUACAAGCGCAUUAAGAGGGAUUGACCACACCUAGAGGAUGAGUCACACCACGCAAACUAUUUAAAUUCAUUUUUACAAUGACAAUGUAGUAAUUGUAAUUUCUCUGCAGUUACAUCUGCCAUGUCGUGUUGUACAUUUGGAUGGAUUUGGUUGGCUGUCAGUGUUUCUAUCGUCCAUCAAAUCACUUUGAAAGUGAUCCCAAACAAUAUUGUUUACCACUGUUUGUCAUUAUUACAUAUAUAUCAUGUCACGCUAUUUCACUUAGCACUCCUUUUUUAGACAAGUAGAUCUUCUGUUGUUUUGACUAGAUAUGCAGUGUUUAAGUUGCAUAUGUUUUGGGGGUUUGUGCAUUUUUUACUUGGAAUCUUCUCUGCAUGUUUCUGCUAGCCUAAGUGCUAUGAACCACUGUAGCGCAUUUGCCCAGGUCGGCCACUGUAUGAAACAGCAUUGAUCAUAUCACACGCAUAACAGCAACAUGAAUGUCCAAAAGGCAAAGUGAUAAUUAUAUUCAAAUGGCUACGGUAAAGAUAUCUUUACCAUAUCUGCCCCAUCUGUUUGGGCCAGAGGACUAAAUAUUGUAAACUCAUGCUCUUAACUGUAGAAUUAAUCGUCAUUCAAAAAUGUGAAAAACCCUGUUUUAGAUGAUAUGUGUGCCCUAGUUUUUUUUUUUUUUUUUUAUUGCAUAAUCCAGCAUAUUGUUAUUCAUAGUGACUGUGGGGCUCAUUUGGAAUUGAAGGUACAUGCUACUACAUUUAACUUCUUUUUAAAAAUGACAAUGAUCAUUACUCAUGAGUUUUGAGUGUAGUGUUUCCUGUUUAUACUGCUGUUACUGUUGCAAAAAAAAUCAACAAAUUUCCCAAUGCCAUUACUUCAGGAAUAAAACUAUUUGUUAGUAAAUGUAAGUGCAUGUAACCUUGUUCAUGAUAAUGUUGUCUUCAUGAAAGUAAAAUAUGUGCGAAAUAA